AUGAUUGCCAACUUAUCUCGCUGGCGUCUCAACAGCUGUCAAGGCUUGCAGGGUUGUAGAUCACGGAAACGGGGAAUAAUUAUGACUCUUUCCCAGCUUCUCUUCCAUCUGUGCAUCAACUCCCUCAAGCCAUCCGGUAUCUACGCACCAGAAUCCCGGAUCGAUUUCUUUUUCCCUUUCUUUUUUUCUGGGCAAUCCUCCAUAUCUCUUUGUUACUUUCAUUCAAGCGUUCAUAUUUCAUUCGUUUACCUUUUAUCUAUUUUUCGUCUUUCUUUCUUUGUCGUCUCAUUGAUUCAUCUUUUUAUUUUUUUUAAUUUCAACUCUUUCUUUCUGUUUUUCUUUCUUAUUGCUAUUAGUACUUUCCAACUCUUUCCUUUAAUAUUCAUUUAUUUCAAACUCGUUCAUUCUCAGCUUCUUUCAUAUUAUAUUCCCUUUUUUUUCUCUUCUUCUCUACUACAUCUUUCUUUCCUUCUUUCUUCUAUUUGCACACUUUCCUUCUGUCUUUCUCACAUUCCGUUUAUUUACAAUGUCUCUCUCUCUUUCGCCUUUCUUCACUCCAUACAAAUUUCUUAUUUAUUACUCUCACUAACUCUCUCUCCCCCUCUCGCACACACUUGCGCUUACCCUCGCCCUCGUUCCCUCUCUCUCUCCUUCUCUCUCUCUCUCUCUCUCUCUUGUUUAUAUCUAUCUAUCAAUCUAUCUAUCAGUGUUUAUAUCUAUAUAUCAGUGUUUAUAUCUAUCUAUCUAUCUAUCUAUCUUCAUCUAUCUAUCUAUCUAUCUAUCUAUCUAUCUAUCUAUCAGUGUUUAUAUCUAUAUAUCAGUGCUUAUAUCUAUCUAUCUAUCUAUCUAUCUAUCUAUCUAUCUAUCUAUCUAUCUAUCUAUCAGUGUUUAUAUCUAUAUAUCAGUGUUUAUAUCUAUCUAUCUAUCUAUCAAUCGAUCUAUCAUGUUUAUAUCUAUCUAUCAGUGUUUAUAUCUAUCUAUCUAUCUAUCUAUCUAUCUAUCUAUCAUCAGUGUUUAUAUCUAUAUAUCAGUGUAUAUAUCUAUCUAUCUAUCAAUCUAUUUAUCUAUCAGUGUUUAUAUCUAUAUAUCAGUGUUUAUAUCUAUCUAUCUAUCUAUCUAUCAGUUUUUAUAUCUAUAUAUCAAUGUUUAUAUCUAUCUAUCUAUCUAUCUAUCUAUCUAUCUAUCUAUCAGUGUUUACAUCUAUCUAUCAGUGUUUAUAUCUAUCUAUCUAUCUAUCUAUCUAUCAGUGUUUAUAUCUAUCUAUCUAUCUAUCUAUCUAUCUAUCUAUCUAUCUAUCUAUCAAUCCAUCUAUCUAUCAGUGUUUAUAUCUAUAUAUCAGUAUUUAUAUCUAUCUAUCUAUCGAUCUAUCAGUGUUUAUAUCUAUAUAUCAGUGUUUAUAUCUAUCUAUCUAUCUAUCUAUCUAUCUAUCUAUCUAUCAGUGUUUAUAUCUAUAUAUCAGUGUUUAUAUCUAUCUAUCUAUCUAUCUAUCUAUCUAUCUAUCUAUCUAUCUAUCUAUCUAUCUAUCUCUCAGUGUUUAUAUCUAUAUAUCAGUGUUUUUAUCUAUGUAUCUAUCUAUCUAUGUAUCUAUCUAUCAAUCUAUCUAUCAGUGUUUAUAUCUAUAUAUCAGUGUUUAUAUCUAUCUAUCUAUCUAUCUAUCUAUCUAUCUAUCUAUCUAUCUAUCUAUCUAUCUCCUUGCUUUCUAUCUAUCUCGUGAUUGGGAUGGAUGCUUCCGUAAUCACUACCAGUACCAAAUUACAAAUCUAUCUAUCUAUUUAUCAUAGUUUCUUCCUAUCUAUUCAUCUAUCUAUUCCAAUCUGUUCAUUAUCUAUCUAUCUAUCUAUCUAUCUAUCUAUCUAUCUAUCAUAG